CAUCCUCGUCGAAGAUAUGGUUGGACUUCCCCGCCAGAAAGCUUCCGCGUGGCCCGGCCCGACUUCGACCUAAUGCUAAAAUUCGAAGCUUAGCACCGGACAACACCAGAGCCCAUCGACAGCCAUAUAUGAGCAAAUCGUUUGUCUAGAUGUCAACGCCAGUCUCAUCUGUCCUCGUAGCGAUCCCAUGUCUGAAGCUAAUUCCGUCCCCGACCUGCAGUCUGCCGUGGUUGGUGGAGGCGACCUAGAGGUCGAUAGCACCGAUAGAGACUCCGCCCUUGGAGAUCUGGCAUCUGAGACUAGCUCGCUGCUUUCGAUCGCAUCAGAUGUCGCCCGGGGCAUGUACGAAAAUGGUCGAAGAUAUCAUUCAUUCGGGAAGACGGAGUACGGCUUUCCCAAUGAUGAACCGGAGAAGGAUAGGCUUGAUAUGCAGCAUGCUAUGAUGACGGCUCUACUCCACAAUCGACUUUUCUGGUGCCCACUAAAGGAGGGCGCACACAGAGUGCUCGAUUUGGGUACGGGGACUGGCAUAUGGGCCAUUGACUUCGCCGACCUGUACCCGUCGGCAGAGGUGAUCGGCACCGAUCUGAGUCCCAUCCAGCCUAGCUGGGUGCCUCCGAACUGUCGGUUCGAAAUCGACGACGCGACGGACGAAUGGACUUUUCAAGAAAACUAUUUCGACUUCAUCCACAAUCGCAACUUCAUCUGCUGCAUUCGGGACUGGCCGACGCUGAUCGCGCAGACGUACAAACAUCUUAAACCCGGCGGCUGGGUUGAAUGGCAUCAAAAGCACCCCUUGUUCACCUCAGACGAUGGAAGCCUGGCGGAAGGCAGUCCCAUCGACAUGUGGGGCAAGUACUUCUUCGAAGCCGCCGAGAAUCUCGGGACGCCUGCCAGUUCAUGCAAGCUCUUGAAGCAGCGGAUGGAAGACGCCGGCUUCGUCAACGUCGAGGAGUACAUCCUCAAGAUUCCGGUCGGCCCGUGGCCCAAGGACAAGAAUCUGAAGACGGUGGGCAAGUUCGAGUACUUCAACAUGACGGAGGGCGUCGAGGCUUUGAGCCUCCGCACGUUCACCAAAGGCUUGGGCUGGUCGCCGGAAAGAGUGCAGUUGUUUUUGAUGGAGGUGAGAAACCAGGUGAAGGACCGCAAGGUCCACAGCUACUAUCACUUUUACGUCGUGUUCGGCAUGAAACCCGAAUCUCCAGCUUGACGUCCCCAGGCCCUCGUUCUGGUCUUUGUAUUAUGUGAACUCUCAAGGAGGCGUUCUGUUUUCGGUCAUUGCUCAAACUCAGCAAUCAGUAUUGAUACCUCGGGGCUCUGACUCCACAACAUAGAAGGAAUGGCACAGCUAAAGCAAAUAUCAUCCUUUGGGCUUUGAUUUCAGUAUUUCACACAUUUUCUUAUUCAAUUUUUUUUUGUAAUUUGAAUAGACAUGCUAGCAUGAACAUACAGCAAGGCUCCCUAGAAUCUGGAAAGCCUAGCCAUUUCACGCCGUUCACUGGAUUCUAGAGCAUUCUGAUACGAUUCUGAGCACAUGGCCCAGCUAGGGACGAGUGUAAAGUUCGUUCAAGAACUUGUCAGGUUCAAAAG